GUAUCAUAUGUAUUCUCCGAAAGAGAGUGUGAGAGUAAGAGUGUAAUGGCGAUGGGCAUGAGCAGGAAGCUGAAACCGAAACUCUGGAAAACAAGUCAUCGUGACGAGUUUGAGUCCCUUCGUUCUUUCAUUGACUUUCACCAUCUUCCGUUUUCCUCACUCUCACCCGAUCCCUACAAAGACCACGACGACCUUCUACGCGCAAUCUCCGAAGCCAUUCUCGAGUCCGAAACCAAACGCCACGAUUACUCUCAGAACCCCAAACUCCGACGCAUCCUCCCAUCGCUGACGCCGCGCCACGUCAGCAACCUCAUCACUCUGAACCCUCUCUCCCUCUCUCCUUGCUCACUCCUCUCCUUCUUCAACUACCUCGCUUCUCGCCCUCCCUUCCGCCACACCCUCCAUUCCUACUGCACCAUGCUCCACUUCCUCUCCCUCCACCGCAUGCUCCCUCAGGCACACUCUCUUCUCUCUUUCCUCGUUUCCCGCAAAGGAACCAACUCCGCUUCUUCCCUUUUCUCCUCCCUUCUCCGAACCAUGCCUCGCCACCACCCCGUUGUUGGCCUCCUCUUCGACGCUCUCAUCUGCGUCUACGCUGAUUCCGGGUUCUUACACGGCGCUGUUCACUGCUUCAGGUUGGUUACGGAGAAUAACCUUCCUUUCCCGGUUAAGGGUUGCGAGAAUCUGCUUCGGCACAUGACGAGGUUGAAGCCUGUUGGGAGUAAACACUCCCGGGCCUGGGCCUCGGCCUGGGCCUUUUAUUUGGAGGUUUUGGAUCGUGGGUUCCCGCCAAGAGUUUAUUUUUUCAACGUUUUCAUGCAUGGGUUUUGCAAAGUUGGUGACUUGGGGAAUGCGCGGUUGGUGUUCGAUGAAAUUCCCAAGAGGGGUGUGAGGCCCACGGUUGUUAGUUUCAACACUUUGAUCAGCGGGUACUGUAGAUGCGGGAGUGUGGAAGAGGGUUUUACGUUGAAGGGUGUUAUGGAGAGUGAGGGGUUUAGUCCCGAUGUUUUCACUUUUAGCGCUUUGAUUAAUGGGGUGUGUAAGGAGGGUAGGUUGGAUGAGGGGGGUCUUGUGUUUGAUGAGAUGUGCAACAGGGGAUUGGUUCCCAAUGGUGUUACUUUCACCACUUUGAUUGAUGGCCAGUGCAAAGGUGGGAAGGUUGAUUUGGCUUUGAAGAAUUUUGAGAUGAUGCUGGCUCAGGGCGUUAGACCUGACUUGGUUACUUACAAUGCAUUGAUCCAUGGGCUUUGUAAGGCUGGAGAUUUGAAGGAGGCGAGGCGGCUUGUGAGUGAGAUGAGUGCGAGUGGUUUGAAGCCUGACAAGAUCACCUUCACUACACUGAUAGAUGGAUGUUGCAAGGAUGGGGAUAUGAAAUCUGCGUUGGAGUUAAAAAAGAAAAUGGUUGAAGAGGGGAUUGAGCUCGAUGAUGUAGCUUUCACUGCACUUAUCUCCGGGCUUUGUAGAGAUGGGAGAGUUGAUGAUGCGGAGAGAAUGUUGAGAGAUAUGAUGAGUGCUGGUUUCAGACCGGAUGAUCCGACAUACACCAUGGUUGUUGAUUGCUUUUGUAAGAAGGGUGAUGUUAAGAUGGGGUUCAAGUUACUGAAGGAGAUGCAAAGUAAUGGGCAUGUGCCGGGAGUUGUCACGUAUAAUGCGCUGAUGAAUGGACUGUGCAAGCAAGGUCAGAUGAAAAAUGCUAAAAUGCUGUUAGAUGCAAUGCUUAAUUUGGGGGUGGCUCCAAAUGAUAUUACAUACAACAUUUUAUUAGAUGGUCAUUCAAAGCAUGAAGGCUCUGGUCAAGUCGACAUGUUUAAUUUUGAGAAAGGACUUGUCACAGAUUAUGCUUCAUAUAUAGCACUUGUUAACAAAUUAAGUAAAACUUCAAAAGAUCGUCUCAAGAGAUGAUAGCUAGUGAAGUCGUUUUAGCUUAACUGCCACAAUUGUUGGACCUGGUUUACUAAUAAAAUGUCUUCAGAGAAAGCAAAAGUGACUUACUGUUUUCACUGAAUCAGUAUAUGGCACAGGGCAUAUAGAAUACAUUUUGACUUUCAUUGUCUUAACAAUCUUGAUAUGCUGGAUUCGUGAAAGUAUUAUGCAAUAGGGCUAGGAGCUUCCGUAUAGAAAGUUUUGAUGUUCAAGCAGAAAGCUUCAUUUAUUGCAAUAACAACAAAGGUAUUGGAGAUUAGAAUCGCUAAUAUUUUCCUUCAGUUUUGUAUAGUGGAUACUGUUAAGCCGAUUGAGGUGAUUGAGGUUUUGUCCGCUUCAAUGAUUCCAUAUAAAUAAAGCAUCUUGGCUGCUAUUGUGAAUGCAAGAAGCCGAAGUUGCUUCUGACGGUUAAGGAGACUCGCUAACAUUGUGUUGACAUUAGACCAACAUUUGCUAUGUGUAUAGCAUUUAAGUCGUCAACUUUUGCUUGGAUGCCUUGCCAUAUUGUAACCAGUACUUUUAUUGGACCAUUUAUGAAUUUAAAUCAAUAGACAAUCUAGACCAAUACAAGAAAUUUUGUAAAAUACUGUAUGUUUUCUUAUUCCAACAAUUGGUCAAUUAGUAAAAUUGUUUUCCCCUGUUCACCUUCCAAAAUUUAUCCAUCACCAUGAAUACACCAUGAU